CCUGUUGCCGCCCCGUCCUCCGUUUCCGCUGCUAGGGUUUCUUCGUCUUCCGAGGCCCAGGUAUGAAGCGAUCCGUUGCCGUGGUCUUUUGUCUCACCCAAAUUAUGGCUUAGUAGCAGCUCCAUCUGGGUCUAGCGAUGGUGCUUCCUCAGUCGAACACCGGUAUCUUCGUUGGGAUCAACAAAGGGCACAUCGUCAGGAAAAGGGAGUUUUCCCCUCCCGACCUUCCAGCAGAAAAGGUGUAUGACUGUGAAAUCCCUGAGCAUGGAUUCUUGUUUAAUUCUUUAGUUGGAAAUUGGGGGAAUAUAUAUUUGUUUUCUAUUUUACAAGAUGGGAUGAUUGUUUGCACACAAGAGAUUGAUUUAUGAUUAGAUCAAAUGACUACUUUUAGAUGGAGACAUGGAGCGGCCGCUGAUUGACUUUGUGAGUUUACUGUGACGAGUUGGAUGGUAUGUUUAAAUGCAAGCUAUUAACCACACUUUGAGGCAAAAGAUCCCCGACCUCAAAUCGCCGAGACUUUCGGCUUUGUUAUUGUUGUUGUAUUAACCACGUUUGAACUUAGCAACUUCAAGUUGGCAAGAAUUGUUAUUUGUGUUCUUUCCUUGAGUUUUAUACGAUAUUGUUGAAACAAACCAUGACUGUGUAUUAUAGACCAUGGAAUUCUUGCUAUACACUUUGUUUCUGAUAUAGAAAUUGUACUUGCAAUAUAGAAUCCUCUCUGAUGUCUUGCAUCAUCAUCUACUUGAGAGGAACAGGUAGCUAGCUAUAUUAUAAACCAGUUAAUGCAGAACAAAUCAGAAAGUUGCUAAUAUUUCUAACUAUAUAUAACCUGAUUCGGAAUUGUAGUUAUCUUCUUUUCUUUUUGAUUUUUUCUUUGCCUUGGAUAUUAGUUCUUGUUAUACAAUCUAAAUGACAGAUAUGGUGUUUUCUUUUUAAAAGUCAAUGGAUGAUAGCUGAUAAAUACUUUUUUUUCUACCAUAUGCUUCCGACUUCUAUUUCUUGCUAGUUGCAUACAGUAAAAUGACAAUUAUACUCCAGAAACCUAGCGAGAGGGUUUAUUUAUCAGGAACUUGAUCAGGGAAGUGGGUUGCUUUGUCCCAUAUGAGAAGAGGAUCACUGAGCUUCUGAAAGUCGCUAAGGACAACAUGAACUGAAAGUUGCAAAAAGAACGCUGGGAACUCGAGAAAGAGCCAAGAGAAGAAAGAGGAGAUGGCUGAUGUGCUUCGGGUGAUGAGGUCUGCUGGAGCGAGCGAUAAAACGAAAUGAUGACACCUUCUGCGACCCUUCGGAUUUUCCAUAGACAGAAUUUAGGCAGCUGGAUUGACAUCUGGUUAAAUAUACAUAACAUGAAUGAAAGAAUGCCUCAGAGAGAGAAGCCGACAAAGCCAUAUACUUGACUUGCAAGGGAGCUAAAAUACAUCGCCAAUAGAUGUCGAUGACAGUUCACCGGUCAUGAGAGGACAUGUGGAUCUUCGUGGAUGUUCUCAUUCGACUAUGGCCAAAAUGUAUUAUGUCGAUCUGAGAAAAGUUAGCUUUCGCACGUCACGAAUACCGGUUGUGGUCGCUUUACGUCGGAAGUGGAGUCAUUCAUGUGGGAUUAGGUCUGGUUGUUGGAGCGGCCGUGUAAACCCUGCCAACGCGCGGUUUGGUGUACACGUCACGGGGUUGACUAAACCGAGAAACCUGAGAACGAUGCAUCAAGUAAACAGGUCCAAGUCGAGCAAGACUUUGACUCUCGGUCAUCAAUCUCCCUCCUGCCCAGCUUGCUUCAAAUCCCUAGCCUCUUUCGAUUGCUGCUUCUGGGAAGCUAGGCGAUGGAGGAGAAGGAGAACGGAUCGAUGGUGGGAGGGGAGGCGGUGGUGCGGCGGCUGGCGGAGGCGGUGGAGGAGAUCGCUGUCAUCUCCGAGUACCGGAACGCCUACAGGAAGCCGUUGUGCAGCCUCGCUCGGCGGAUCAGGCUCCUUGCACCCAUGUUCGACGAGCUGGGGGACGGGCGCGACCCGAUCACGGAGCCGGUGGCGAGAACCCUAGCCCCGCUCGAUGACGCGUUUGCUGCCGCCAAGGACCUCCUCCGGCUCGGCAGCGAGGGGAGCAAGAUCUUCUUGGUCCUAGAGAGGGAGAAGAUGAUCAAAAGAUUUCAUGACGUAAUUUCUCAAAUAGAUCAAGCUUUGGAUGGGAUUUCCUUUGAUAAACUUGAAAUAUCAGAAGAAGUUAGAGAACAGAUUGAGUUGGUACAUGCUCAAUUCAAAAGAGCCAAAGAACGAGAUGACAUGCCCGAUGCUGAGUUGUAUUCUAAUCUCUUAUCUCUAUACAACAAGAGCAAUGAUGCCAUUUUAGAUCCAUAUACUUUAGAAAGAUUGGCAGAACAAUUACAGCUAGUCACCAUCUGUGAUCUUACACAAGAAUCAUUAGCUUUGCAUGAGAUGGUCUUUGCAAGCGGUGGAGAUCCUGGAGAAAACAUUGAAAAGAUGUCAAUGUUGUUAAAGAAGAUAAAAGAUUUUGUGCAGACCCAGAACCCUGAGAUGGGCACUCGCUCAGAUUCAAAGCCUUUCCUGUUGGAUGGAAAGCCAAAAGUUCCUAUUGUUCCUGAUGAUUUCCGCUGUCCAAUCUCACUGGAGUUGAUGAAAGAUCCAGUCAUUGUGGCCACUGGGCAGACUUAUGAGCGGACAUGCAUCGAAAAGUGGCUGGCGUCUGGCCAUGACACUUGUCCAAAAACUCAACAGAGGCUAUCUAAUGCAUCAUUAACUCCAAACUAUGUCCUUCGGAGCCUCAUAGAACAGUGGUGUGAAGCCAAUGGCAUGGAUCCACCCAAGUGCCCAUCCCGAUCUACUAAUCCCAGCUCAGCUUGCUCGUCACGUGAACUUGCUAAUAUAGAUGCACUUCUCUGCAAGUUAUCCUCCCCAAAUCUUGAUGACCAACUAGCAGCUGCUGGAGAGCUUCGUCUGCUGGCUAAGCGGAAUGUUGACAACCGCAUUUGCAUAGCUAAGGCUGGUGCUAUUCCCCUCCUCAUAAAUCUACUCUCAUCCAAAAAUUUAUGCACCCAGGAGCAUGCCGUCACUGCCCUUCUGAAUCUUUCCAUCCAUGAUGACAAUAAAGCAAUAAUAAUCUCUUCAGGGGCCAUACCUGGUAUCGUCCAUGUUCUAAGAGAUGGUAGCAUGGAAGCACGGGAGAAUGCUGCAGCGACACUCUUUAGUCUUUCAGUGGUGGAUGAAUAUAAGGUGACCGUCGGGGCAUCAGGGGCGAUCCCUGCAUUGGUGUCACUGCUGAGUGAAGGCACACACAGAGGGAAGAAAGAUGCGGCAACAGCACUGUUUAAUCUGUGCAUAUACCAAGUGAACAAGGGGAAGGCAGUGAGGGCAGGUGUGGUUCCACUAGUUAUGGGGCUUCUUACAGAACCUGCAGAGUCUAUGUUGGAUGAAUCUAUGGCAAUAUUGGCCCUACUGUCAAGCCACCCGGAAGGGAAAUCUGCGAUUGCAGCUGCUCAGGCUGUCCCUCUGCUGGCGGAGAUGACAGCAAAUGGUUCUCCCAGGAACAGAGAGAAUGCUGCAGCUACUCUGCUCAAUCUUAGCGACGGAGAGCAGCAGCUUGGUACCAUGGCUGCAGCACAGGAAUGUGGGAUAAUGGGACCACUGCAAGAAUUGGCCAUCAGUGGCACAGAACGGGGGAAGAGGAAAGCCGUGCAGUUGCUAGAGCGCAUGAAUGGAUUCUUGGUGCAGCAGCAUGAGGCAUAUGCUCAAGCUGAGGCUUCAACCCAGACUCAAGGUCACAUCCAUGCUCAGAGUGAGCCAAGAAUGAAUGUGGCCUCUGCGGAUUCUGUUGACACCUAGCUUUUUCUUCAUUGGGAGGUUGUGAUAUGCGUAUCAGAACAUUUUGCCUGCUAAUGCUUUGUGGCUUUUGCAAUUAUGUGUAAACAAAGAGCACGAGUUUUUAACAUUGAGCUGUAAAUGUAUCAUCAAUCACAUGGUUGUAUGUGGAAAAUGACUUCCAUUUGGUUUGUGGACUUGUAAGUUUGCUAAAGUACGAGAACACUGAUAUGUUAAAAUGGAUAGUUGCAGAUUCAAAAGCUUCAGCUCUUGUUUUCUUAGAGAAUUCAUGAAUUA